UUCCCAGCAAGCGCUCAUUUCCUUUCCCGGUUCGCCCUUCCUCUUCUCUCGCUGCGGGUUUUCUCAUUGGCUCUUGCGGAGUGGGGCAGGGCGGCCGAAGUGGUUCUGUGCUGUGGGGCGACCGAGGAGACGAGCAAAUGAAUGGUGUCAGCCAGGGGUUCCUGCGGCGUCUGCUGGGCACUCUGAAGGUCCUUCCCGGGUUGAGGCAUCGGGCCAAACAGCGGCUGAGCUGGUGGUUCCCCACCUUCACCAGCACGUUUCCCGCCAUGGAGCGGGCUGUGGUGCGUUGCGUCCCGGCGGAGCCUAAGCUCAGCGUUUCCAUCCUGCUGCAAGACGGUAAGACACGGCAUCUGCAGCGAGACCAAGCGGAGCCUCUCGGUCAGGCGCUGGCUCGCAUCGCCAACAACGUCAGCAAAGGCCACGCCAAGAAGGCCAAGAAGAGCAAGAAGGCGCAGACCGAGGCAGACCCCGGGAUGGCGCUGCCGCCUUCGCAACUAGUCGCCGUUUGCCUCUUCUCCCAGGACGGGGAAACCGUGGCCGAAGACGUGCCCAACGGGGAGGCCUGGCAGGACGGGACGGUGCUGCAAAUCGGUGAGACCCGCUACCGCGUGGAGCGCAAUCCGCCCACUCUGACCGAGCUGCAACUUCCGCGCUCGCUCAUGGCCGGCUUCCCCGUGUGCCCCAAGCUCCAAGUCGAGUUCGGCUCUCCCCAGGACUGCCUCUUCCGUUGGUAUCAGGAGCAGACAAUCGAGCCGGUUGGGCCAGAGAAGGCCGCCGCAAGCGACGGCUGGGUGGAAGCCUCGGCCGGCUCCGAGCGCGUCUUCACGCCGACCAACGCGCAUAUUGGGCGCCGCCUGAAGCUCGUUUGCACCCCGGGCAACUGCGAGCUGCGCUAUGGACUGCCCCGCGAGGUGGAAAGCAUAGGCCCCGUGGAGGCUGGGCCGGGCGCCUGCACUUUCGAGGCGCGACAUCUCUACACCAAGAAAGUCACGGGGCCGGGACUUAUCCGCACGGUUACCUAUAACGUCCUGGCCGACAUCUACGCCCGGACCGAGCUCUCGCGGACCGUGCUCUAUCCUUAUUGUGCUCCCUAUUCGCUGGAGCUCGAUUACCGGCAAAACCUGCUCAAAAAAGAACUGGCCGGCUACAGCGCCGACAUUAUUUGCCUGCAGGAGGUGGAUAAGUCGGUCUUCGUGGAUAGCCUGGGGCCUGCGCUUGAUGCCUUCGGCCUGGAGGGGCUGUUCAGGAUCAAGGAGAAGCAGCACGAGGGCCUUGCUACUUUCUACCGAAGGGACAAAUUCAGUCUCCUUAGUCAGCACGACAUUGCCUUCAAUCAGGCUCUUCUUGAAGAUCCCUUGCACAGAGAACUGCGGGACAAGGUGGCCACCUGCCCGCAGUUUGAGGAAAGCCUGCUUAAGCGAUCAUCAGCUCUACAGGUUUCUGUCCUUCAGUCUCAAAAUGAUUCUUCAAGAAAGAUUUGUGUUGCCAACACUCACCUGUUCUGGCACCCAAAAGGUGAAAAUAUCCGUCUAAUCCAAGUUGCAAUAGCAUUAUCCCAUAUUAAGCAUGUGAUCAAUGUCAUGUAUCCUGCUACACCUCUCAUACUCUGUGGGGAUUUUAAUGCCACACCAUCAACUGGAACAUACACUUUUGUCAGUAGCGGCAGCAUUGCGGAAGAUCAUGAGAGCUGGGAUUCAGAAGGAAAAGACCAACGGUGUGCUAUGUCUCUAACCCACCAGUUCAGACUUAAAAGUGCUUGUGGAGAACCAGCCUACACUAAUUAUGUUGGAGGUUUUCAUGGAUGCUUGGACUAUAUUUUCAUUGAUGCAAAUGCCUUGGAGGUUGAACAGGUAAUUCCACUGCCAAGUCAUGAAGAGGUAACCACCCAUCAGGCCUUACCAAGUGUUUCACACCCAUCGGAUCAUAUAGCACUAAUAUGUGAUAUAAAGUGGAAAUAAUCUGAUUUUCUGAAAUAAUGUGUGCUACUUCAGAAAAAUUCAGUUCGAAUGCUGCUUUGAUCAUGGUUAUUAUGUCCUAUUUUUAAUCCUUUGUAAGUGGUCAUACUUUUUAUAACCAGUAUUCUUAUGUACCAGUGCUACAUUUUUCUUCUGUUAACGAACAGAAUCAAUACAUUUUGAAACUAUAAUUGUCCUAUUUCAUUUUCAGAUGACUUUUAAAAUAAGGAGUAAGUGUAUUUUGUUUAAAUUGACAUUACAUAAAAAUUGGAAUAAAUUGAAUGGUAUUGUUAGGUACCAUACUUUUUCAGUCACUACUGACAUUUUGCAGAAUAUCCACUUGAGUAAAUAUAUGUUGUCUUUAUAAGACUCUUUGUAUUAAAGAUUCAAAAAAUAUUCUGACAGUUCCUGCUAUUGGGGGAAAAGGUCUUACCCAUAUAAACCAAAAUAAUUUGGGUUAAGUAAUAAUAAAAUGAUGGUAUGCUUGGGCAGUGA